UACUACUAUACACAAGGAUCACAAGUCAACAUCCUCUCCACGAGCGCAGCAAGGAGUGUGAGAACUGAGAAGAGAUGGCUGCUCCGGCGAAGGCGUCAUGGACGGUGGCGAUGAGCGUGGGCGCGGUGGAGGCGCUCAAGGACCAGGUCGGGCUCUGCCGCUGGAACUACGCCCUCAGGUCCAUCCACUGUGCAGCCAAGGCCAACGUCCGCGGCGGCGUCUCGCAGGGCACCAAACAGCUUCUGGCUUCCGCGGCGGCCCUGGUGGAGAGGCGUCCAGCGGAGAAGGCUGAGGAGGCGCUGAGGACGGUCAUGUACCUCAGCUGCUGGGAGCCCAAUUAGUAUUAGUACUUAGUAGCAUCCAGCCAUGGCCUCAGAUCAGAUUUGGCCGGUUUCCCUGAUCGGUUGCAAAGAUACCACGAUGAUGAUGAUGAA